AGAAGGAGGAGGAGGAGAGCUGAGGGAGGGGGAAACCAAACAAACCCGGCUCUGUGUCAUUCCACUUCAGCUGGGAACCCGAAGUGAGAGGAAGACGGGGCGGCCAUUUCCCGGGGGGCUCCCUCCUCAGGUGUCCUAUUAGUGUCAAGGAGGAAGGACUAGGAAGGGAUGUGUGGCCGGGACUAGGAGAAGAGGAAAGUUUCCUGGAAGGACACACCUGUGCCGGGACCUCGUCCAUGGCUGUACGGCUCUGAGAGGUGCCCUCCGCUUUUAUCACCCAGGAAGAGGAGGUUCUGGGGCGGAGGGAGGGAGUGAGUGAGGGGACGAUGAUGCUGCGGUUCCUGCGGAGGACCUUUGGCCGGCGGUCGAUGCAGCGGCACGCUGGGAGAGGAGGAUUUCGUGCUGGUCGGGAUGAGAGGGAUGGCGGAGCCGUGGGGAUGAGGGCAGCUGCUCCGGUCACUUCUCCUUCUGGGGGGUUCUACUCGCACCCCAACUAUCACUCCCCCCCUGUACACAGCGGAGGAGCCACGGUCCACAUCCCCGCCGCCGGGGACAGCAAGUCGGUGCUGACCUGUAAAGUACAACUACUGGACGGGACCGAUGUCAGUGUGGACCUACCGAAACAAGCCAAAGGGCAGGAUCUGUUCGACCAGCUUGUAUACCAUUUGGACUUGGUGGAAACUGAUUAUUUUGGUCUACAGUACAUGGAUGCUUCCCAAGUGUUGCAUUGGCUGGACCAUACGAAACCCAUUAAGAAACAAAUAAAAAUUGGCCCUCCGUAUACUUUGCACUUUCGAAUUAAAUAUUACUCCUCAGAACCAAACAAUCUUCAUGAAGAGUUUACAAGGUAUUUAUUUGUACUACAGCUUAGACAAGAUAUUCUUACAGCAAAAUUGAAAUGUCCAUAUGAAACUACCGUGGAAUUGGCAGCUUGGUGCUUGCAAGCGGAACUUGGUGAGUGUGAGCCAUCAGAACAUACACCAGAACUUGUGUCUGAAUUUCGAUUCAUUCCAAAUCAAACUGAGUCUAUUGAGCUUGAUAUUUUCCAUAAGUGGAGAGACUGUAGGGGUAAAACACCAGCUCAGGCCGAGCUAUGUUACUUGAAUAAAGCGAAGUGGUUAGAGAUGUAUGGGGUUGAUAUGCACAUUGUCAAGGGUAAGGAUGGCUGUGAUUAUGCUCUUGGACUGACCCCAACAGGCAUCUUAAUAUUUGAAGGUUCAAACAAAAUUGGUUUAUUCUUUUGGCCGAAAAUUACCAAAAUGGAUUUUAAGAAAAGCAAAUUAACCCUUGUUGUUGUAGAAGAUGACGAGCAGGGUAGGGAGCAGGAACAUACAUUUGUUUUUCGCUUGGAGAAUUCUAAAGCCUGUAAACAUUUGUGGAAAUGUGCAGUGGAGAAUCAUGCUUUUUUCAGGCUAAGAACCCCAGCAAAUACAAAAGCUACUCGAUCUGACUUUAUUAGAUUGGGUUCAAGAUUCAGAUUCAGUGGGCGAACAGAAUACCAGGCAACCCAUGCUGGAAGGUUAAGAAGAGCUAGUACAUUUGAAAGGCGUCCUAGUAAAAGAUAUCCAUCAAGAAGACAUUCCACUUUUAAAGCGAAUACCCCAAUGAAGCCACCUCCUCUGUGUAUUAAAACUACACCAGAAAUGCAAAAUGAUCAGCAACAAUAUCAUCAUAAUAUACAACCAAAUCAGCAGCAUUGGCAUCCUCACACAUCUCCAAAUAUCAGGCCAUCUUCUCAUGACGACAGGGUAUUAUGGAAAAGCGGCUCUGGAGAUGGUAGAAACACAAGGUACAUUCAGGAUCAAAACCAGAAGAAUUUGGGAGGCAUGCAAAGCAUUCUGUAUCAAGACAAACUCAUGACAACACUUUGACAUCCAUCUUUGACAACAACUCAUAGACAACCAUCCCAGAUAUCCAUUGCAUUCAUGAACUCACCUGUCUCACCUGUUAAUCAUCUGAAUUCACAUGUCGUUAAAACCACACGUGCCUGGUCAUUAAAGUAUCAAGACUGAUUUCCUGGAUAUCAAAAUAUCUCAUAUACAGUAGUUUGUUGACUGCCUGCACAAUACAAUUUGUGUAGUGAUCAAAGCUACACAAAAAAUAGUAAGCAUUGUUCUCAAGCAAAUUAGACUGAUGUAUGAGCAGUGGUGCAUUUUUUCAACUCAAAACAAAGUGGGAAUGCAUUGACAUUUUUAAGGCGAUAUGUGUCUAAUUGUAGGACUAAAUUAAAGAGCUGUGAAAAGUUUACUGCUUUUUAGACCUGUGAUCUAGUAAUUGCCCAAUUGUGAUCUGAAUCUGUUGUUCCAAAUGUUAUUACUUAAUCUGCGUUUUUGAUGGUUAUUCAUUGCUGCAAAUCUAGCUUUAAGUUAAAGUUCUCUUUCCCAGUGUCUGUUUUAUGUUUCACGAAGUGCCUGACAUAAGGUGAUAUGGUAUACUGAAUAUGGGCAAUACAAAGUGGAGUUACCAAGAACAACUUAUCAAGGUGCACUGUACUGGCAAAUCAUUUAAACAAUGAUUUUCUGUUUCUCACUGUGUUAUUGCAUUUGCUUCACAUUGUUUCCACUUUUGCUAUAUUUUUUACAUUAAGUUAUAAUGUCAGAUAAAGGCAGGGAGCUUUUUAAAAAUGUUGCUAAAUAUGGACUCCCAGUUGGCACCUUAAUGUUUUUUUUAAAAACCAAUAAGACUAUAUAUAACAGACUAUCAUCCUAUGUUUUAAUUUGGAGGAAAGCUCCAAUUCAGCUUCAACAAUUCACGUGCAGAAAACAGGAAUCAGCAUUUUCAGGAAUCUGCAACAGUAGCCUCCAUACUUUACUCUAAUUUUUUGUGUUAAAAAGAAAUUAUUGGAUGCUUCUGCAGUGCUUGUUUGAGUCUUAAUUUUUAAGGUUAAGAAUCUAUUGAGAACCAGUUAUGUUGUAGCUGGGGCAGACUAUCCCCCCCCAGUUACACUUAAUAUACAUUAUUAAAUGUUUUUUUUUUUGUUUGUUUUUUUGUAAGUGGACAUUUCUUUCUGAUCUAAUUUAAAAUGGAUGAUUGAUUUAGGCCUGGUUCACACUUGUGCGAUGCGAGAACACCACAAACAAUCGACUGCGGGUUCCCGCAUUGCACCCGACACGCACAGCAAUUCACACUGCCAUAUGCGAACUGCUGGGGAGUGUCAUAUCUUAAUGACGCCCUCAUUUCAGCUUGCGUAUCGCAGUGGGAACUGACAGUUCGGACAUGAAUCGGAUCGCAUAUGUGUGAACACACAUGCGAUCCUAUUCUGGUCCGAACAGAAAAAAGGGUCUUGUGCGCCUUUGGACCGAAUGCGGUGAGAUAUCAGCCAUAUUGGCUGUAUGGCUGAUAUCGCACCGUACAGACAUCGCAUUUAAUGUGAACAGCAGUGUGCUGUGGAUUACAUCCGAAUUACGUGUGAUGUCUGGCAUCGCACAAGUGUGAACCGGGCCUCGAUGCUGAUGCUAGCAAGCUCAGGCUUGACAAGAGCAUUGUAAAACUAACCACAAUAAUACCUUUUAGUUCUUUACCUUUUUAUUUAUUUUUUUCUUCACUUUUUAAAUUUAUUUCAUAUCUUCUAAUUGCUUUACAUAGGGUCAGUUGGAUUUCCAUAUGAAAACAUUUAACACAAAUAAAAAAAAAAAAAGGAUUACAUAGAUUAGAAUAUUUAAUUGUCAGUAACUGGGGUCUAUUAUAAAAUGAUCAUGUUAAGGUACAAAAAUCAAGUGUGUUAAAGGGAUGUCCUUUGUUUUAUGUGUCACAAGAAUUAUGGACUGGUUAUAUUCAUAUGGCAUGAAAAAAUAUUUCCGAUAGAUAUCCAAUGAGGAAUUGAAAGCACUUGUAUUUUUCUAUUUAUUUUAUUUUUUAAUAAUUCCGCAAUUAAGCUUUAUGAAAGUGAUCUAAAUAACACAUGCUGCUAAAACAACCCGAAUUUUGCAUAUGGUGCCUUUUUUAGGUGUAAUUUUUCUAUCCUUUCCUGCAGAAACCUAUUGUUUUUUUUUACGCCUUAAAUAUUUGAUAACAUAUUGUAAAUGCAUGUGAUUUAUGAUGUACUUAAACCAAAAACUCAGUAACUGGACAAUGUUUGUAUAUAUUAGUUUGUUUCUCUUCUGCCUUUAGGAGUAAAACAGUUAAGAAGCACAUUACUGUUGUAACUACUGAAUAUUUACUUGGAGUUUGCACCUUAUUGCACUGGUCUGCUUUUAUUAUUUUUCUUCUAAAUAUAUACAUUUUGUUAA